GGAAGCUACGUAAAAACUUCUCUCCCAUUAAUCACACGCUGCAACAAAUUAUGGACGCUGUCGAAGAGAUGGAGUGGAAAUUCGUAGCUAGCUUCUUAGAAAAUGAGGAUUACGGUAGAGAAGGAGACUCGUCCGAACUUGUGAAAGCAAGGGCGGAACAGGCCGCACUACAAAACAAAUUCGAAAACAUGGGAUUCGUAGCCGGGCCCGUUACGUAUGUAGAGCAGGUAACACCGAGGACCGCAACCCAUGGAGUGACUGUAGACAGGCAGAUCCCGGUAAUGACGUCCCCAACCGUAACUCGGCCACCUCCACCGCCACCCACCAUCGAGUCACCCGCAAAAAUGAGCGAGUCUACUGCUAUCUUGGAGCUAACUAAAACGUUGGUUAGUCUAAUCGAAGAAAGCAAGAAGGAACAGCGAGAACACAACGCCCGAUUAAAAGCUAUGAUGCGGAAUAUGCGACCCAUUGCAGUGCGAGCACCAAUGCAGGAAGGCAUGGUCGCUGCACAAGUUGCAGCAGGGCCAGCCGGGACAGCGGCAAAUGCCUGUUUUACAUGUCAUCAACCGGGACACUUGGCCCGAGAUUGCCCCCAUCGUGCCAUGCAGCCUCGAGCCGGGAUCGCGCCUGCAGCUGCAGCUCCCAUAGCCAACGGUCCAGGACGUGUAGGAGCCGUGAUGGAUGAUCAGGGGGGAAGUAUGGGAAUGAUGAUUUCCAGUGAGGAAGCAGCUGAGCUUAUCCCGCUGGAGCAGUACGUAUCACUAGGAUACCCGGGGCUGGGAAUGAUUGGGACAAUUCGACCGGAACUCGAGUCCAGAGAUGUCGCCGAGUGGCGGCCUUCGUCGAGCGAAAUGGAGACGGGAGGCCCUACCUUUGUUACAGGAGAAAUCGAUGUCCUUGAGGUUACCCGAGCACUGGAUCAUCGAAUCCCUCUCCCAAUCGGCCACCUACUUUCCAUCUCGGAACAGGGGAACGAACGUAUGAUGCAGCAUUGCAAAGCGAACCAGAAGCGAUUCGCCCUUGCAUGCGCAAAAGAUCAGAAGGCGAAGGCGCCGCCUUCGGAGGAAAAGGCGGACGUUGCCCCUGAUCCUAUCCGAGUCGGAUUAAUACAGAAAGAUGACCACUUUCUUCGGAUCAAGCCGAUUCCGUGGAAGUCAACCGAAUGUGAUAUUGAAGUCUGGGGAAUGCCGUAUAGUGCGAUCAUAGAUUCGGGAGCGGCUGUCCUAGCGAUAUCACUCCGAGUAGUCGAGAGAGCGGGUAGGAAGAAUGAUUUGAUUAUGCUAACCGAGAAGGACCAGCUCGUAUCGGCUGAUGAGGAGAAGAUCAAGACAGUAGGGCGUAUGACGAACGUCGCGUUCCAAUUGGGAAAAGUGCAUGCUUUGGGAAAUGUCAUGGUGCUGGAUGUGAAUACAUAUGACGUUCUGUUCGGGCUUCCUGCAUUGGUGGCGCAACGUGCUAAUUUGGACUUCGAAUGCCGAUCCGUCAUUCUCCGGAAUACCGGGGGAAAGCCGUAUGUAAUACCCAUGAGACUAACUCUUCGAACGUCGGUUAAGGCAGUACCCCGAAUUUCUCCGGAAACAAUGGGAGCGCUCCGCAUGGUCUCCUGGAAUGCACCUGUGGACGAAGGCCAAUCAUCGAACGACGCGUGGAGCGACGACGAUGACGACCCAGUCCGGCUGACUCAGGCGAUGAUUAACUUUUGUGUCAUUGUGUACAUGGAUGACAUUCUGGUGUACUCGGACACGUUUCACGGACACGCGCAGCGCAUCGAGUGGACGUUGGGUGCGUUGAGAGACGCAUGUUUCAAGAUCGCGCUGGAAAAGAGCGAGUUUUUUCUCCCGAAAAUCUCGUUCUUGGGGUAUGUGGUGACACGUGGAGGCCUGCGGCCGGACUCUCGAAAAGUCGCGGCGGUCAAAGAGGCCCCGGUUCCGACCUCACUGACGCAGGUUCGAGCCUUCUUGGGCUUGGCCUCGUACUACCGGCGGUUCCUCAAGGGGUUCGCGGCUAUAGCAAGGCCUCUGACAAACCUGCUGCGAAAAGAACAGCCCCUUCAUUGGGAUGACGAAUGCGACCAGGCCUUCGGGGCCCUGAAGGAUGCUCUCGUCACGGCCCCGAUUCUGAUCCGGCCGGACCCCUCUCGGCAGUUUAUUCUCAUCACCGACUGGCAGCCGGAGGCUAUUUCGCCUAUUCUGGUACAGAGGGGAAACAAUGGGAAGGAGCAUGUCAUUGAGUACGCUUCCCGGACGGUGUCAGACGAGCGACGAAACGAUUCCGCGCCACAAGGAGAAUGUUAUGUGGUAGUGUGGGGUAUCCAACACUUCCAUCCGUAUUUGUACGGUCAGAAGUUUCUGCUCGUCACCGACCAUGAAUCUCCGUUGGCUCUGAAAAAGCUAACCAACUACACGGGCAUGAUCGGACGAUGGGCGGUGCGGUUGCAAGAAUAUGAAUUUGACAUUGUUCAUCGAAAAACGGAGAGACACGGCAACGCCGACGGACUGACACGUUUGCACCGACCUGGUAAAGUACCAAAAGCGGAAGAGAUCACACCGUGGAAGGACCCGGACAUCAACAACGGUCCAGAGUACGGAGAAGUUGCGGUCAUUCCACGUGGCAAGAAGCCGGUGAAGGGCAAUGGGUGACAGAGGUAAUGUCCCGAUUCCCUCUCUUUCUUCCUGACAAAUUUUGCUAUUUCUGCGAGUCAAUUUCUUGAGUCUAUUCCGUCCAAAUGUGUCCAAAAGGGACGUGAUAUGUUGAAUGGGUAAAUUGUCGGAAAUGUGUCGCACGUGCUCACGGUGCGUGCAUACAGUAUCGGAGUAGUGAUAGACCCUGGUUCUGUCCCUUAUGUCGCACUGACAAGAUUCCGACAGAAGCCCGAUUCCUCGAUGCCACGUCGGAAGGCCCCGACAAAAUCCAGAAGUUUAGAAGAGCAGAAGUCUGGAUAAAUGUCGCCUUAAUAG